UUAAUUGGUAAAAAUCGGUUCUUCUCUUCUCUUUUAUACACACCACUUUGCCCUUCUCUUCAAGAAAACCCUCUCAAUUUGUUACCCAACUCUCUGAAACCAUUUCGCUCUUUCGAUUUCAAUUCUCUAGUAUUUUUCUGCUGUAAUCGAACUCCGUUCAGAUCCAAGCCCUAAUUACGUACAAUGGCUGCGGCGGCGACGAUGGUGAGCUCCGCCGGUGGACUACUGGCGAUGCUGAACGAGAGCCACCCGGCUCUUAAGCUACACGCCCUCUCCAAUCUCAAUACCUACGUUGACUACUUCUGGCCGGAGAUCUCCACCUCCGUCCCCAUCAUAGAAAGUUUAUAUGAGGACGAAGAGUUUGAACAGAGGCAACUCGCUGCAUUGCUUGUCUCAAAGGUAUUCUAUUAUCUGGGUGAACUCAAUGACUCAUUAUCGUAUGCCCUGGGAGCUGGUCCUCAGUUUGAUGUGUCAGAGGAUUCAGACUAUGUCCAUACUCUUCUUGCCAAAGCAAUUGAUGAAUAUGCCAGUCUGAAGACUAAAGCAGCUGAGUCGAAUGAUGCAUCUGCAGUGGUUGACCCAAGACUGGAGGCUAUUGUGGAGCGAAUGCUUGACAAAUGUAUAUCGGAUGGAAAAUUCCAACAAGCUAUUGGAAUGGCCAUCGAGUGCAGACGAUUGGAUAAACUUGAAGAAGCAGUUAUAAGGAGUGAUAACGUUCAUGCCACUAUUAAUUAUUGCAUUGAUGUCUCUCAUUCUUUUGUCAACCGAAGAGAAUAUCGUCUUGAGGUGCUCCGUCUCCUUGUCAAAGUAUAUCAGCAACUGCCAUCUCCUGAUUUCCUGAGCGUUUGUCAGCGCCUAAUGUUUUUGGAUGAACCCGAGGCUGUUGCAAACAUAUUGGAGCAACUCUUACGAUCUGAAGAUGUGGAUGAGGCUCUGUUGGCAUUUCAAAUAGCAUUUGAUCUGGUGGAGAAUGAGCACCAAGCUUUCCUUUUGAAAGUAAGAGAUGGGCUUCCCAGUGCCAAAUUACAGCCUUCUGAGCCAGCUGUGCCGUCAGGGUCUGCUCAGCCAGAGCCUGCUCAAAGUGGAAAUGCUGUCACAUCAGAGGAUGUUCAAAUGACCGAUGGAGCUCAAGUAGAUGGAAGCGCAAUAACUUCUGAUCCACUUGAAGUAAUCUAUGCUGAGAGGUUAACAAAAAUAAGAGGAGUUUUGUCUGGAGAGACUUCUAUACGUCUGGCUCUGCAAUUCUUAUACAGUCAUAACAAAUCGGAUCUUCUCAUUCUCAAGACCAUAAAGCAGUCUGUUGAGAUGAGAAAUAGUGUUUGCCAUAGCGCAACUAUAUACGCAAAUGCUAUCAUGCAUGCUGGAACAACCGUGGAUACAUUCCUUCGUGAAAAUCUGGACUGGCUGAGCAGGGCCACAAACUGGGCUAAAUUCAGUGCAACUGCAGGACUUGGGGUUAUCCACAAAGGCCAUCUCCAGCAAGGAAGAUCGCUCAUGGCACCUUACUUGCCGCAAGGUGGGUCAGGUGGCGGCGGCAGUCCAUAUUCUGAAGGUGGAGCAUUAUACGCUCUUGGUUUAAUCCAUGCAAACCAUGGGGAGGGAAUUAAACAAUUUCUUCGUGAGAGUCUGCGUAGUUCAAAUGUUGAGGUUAUUCAACAUGGUGCUUGCUUAGGUCUUGGUUUGGCAGCUUUGGGGACAGCCGAUGAUGAAAUCUUUGAUGAAAUAAAGAAUGUUCUGUACACUGAUAGUGCAGUUGCUGGUGAAGCUGCUGGUAUAAGUAUGGGUUUAUUGAUGGUCGGAACUGCAAGUGAGAAGGCGAGUGAAAUGCUUGCUUACGCGCAUGAGACACAACACGAGAAGAUUAUUAGGGGUUUGGCAUUAGGUAUUGCACUUACUGUGUAUGGAAGAGAGGAAGAAGCAGACACACUUAUUGAGCAGAUGACUCGAGAUCAAGACCCUAUUUUGCGAUAUGGUGGAAUGUAUGCUAUUGCAUUGGCAUACAGGGGAACAGCAAACAAUAAGGCUAUACGCCAACUGCUGCACUUUGCUGUUUCUGAUGUCAGCGAUGAUGUCAGGAGGACAGCUGUUCUUGCCCUCGGAUUUGUUCUUUAUUCUGAACCUGAACAGACUCCUCGAAUUGUUUCGCUGCUGUCUGAAUCUUACAACCCACAUGUACGAUAUGGAGCUGCAAUGGCAGUUGGAAUUUCUUGUGCUGGUACUGGUCUUAGUGAGGCCAUAUCACUGCUCGAGCCUUUGACUUCAGAUGUUGUUGACUUUGUUCGUCAAGGUGCUCUAAUUGCAAUGGCGAUGGUCAUGGUACAGAUCAGCGAAGCUAGCGACUCUCGUGUCGGUGCAUUCAGGCGGCAAUUGGAGAAAAUAAUCCUCGAUAAGCACGAGGAUACAAUGUCCAAAAUGGGUGCGAUUUUAGCUUCGGGAAUACUCGAUGCUGGUGGAAGGAAUGUGACUAUCAAGCUGCUUUCGAAGACGAAGCAUGAUAAGAUGACAGCUGUUGUUGGUUUGGCUGUGUUCACUCAAUUUUGGUAUUGGUACCCACUUAUUUACUUCGUUAGUUUGGCCUUUUCGCCUACGGCUUUAAUUGGUCUGAACUAUGACCUGAAAGUGCCGAAGUUUGAGUUUUUAUCGCACGCAAAACCAUCGUUGUUCGAAUACCCAAAGCCUACUACUGUACCUACCACUGCUUCAGCUGUUAAGCUACCGACCGCAGUUUUAUCAACUUCGGUGAGAGCCAAAGCUAGAGCUACUAAGAAAGAGGCUGAGAAAGCAAGUACCGAGAAAGCAGAGCCAAAUUCUGCAAAGGGGAAAACUGUUGACAAGGACGGAGACUCUUCCAUGCAGGUUGAGAGCACUGUAGAGAAGAAGGCGGAACCAGAGGCUACAUUUGAAAUCUUGACCAAUCCCGCCAGAGUGGUCCCCGCCCAAGAGAAGUUUGUCAAGUUUCUAGAAGAUUCUAGAUACGUGCCAGUGAAAUCCUCACCCUCGGGAUUUGUGCUGUUGAAAGAUCUCCGUCCGAACGAAGCCGAAGUACUAGCCCUCACAGAUUCUCUCUCGUCAACGUCAGCAAAUGCCGGUGCACCUCCAGCAGCUGGACAGCAGCAGGGCGCAGCCUCAUCAAUGGCUGUCGAUGAAGAGCCUGCACCACCUCAACCAUUCGAAUACACGUCGUGAUUUUAUUUUGUUUUGCAGAAUCUCGAUAGUUUUAAUUUUUCAGGCUUUUUGUUGAUUUUAAUGUAAUUUUAAAUUUUUUCGACUCCUUUGAACCGGGAUUUGGAAUUUGUUGUACUAUAUAUAUUUUCGUCUUCCUUUUUCCCAUCGUUUUAAGUUGUUUCAUUGCACUCUUAAUGCAGGCCUUUUUGCAUUU